AUGAGAGCAUUAUCCGCCGAGGACUUGGUGGCUUUCCAGACUAGUUCCUAUGAGGCAAUUAACUAUAUAGACGAGAAGCACGAAAUCACCGGAACCUCCGUCGGCACGAACCACAGACCUCGCUGGGUUGGUAAUAGCGCAUAUGUCUCCAAGUUCCGUACGGUAGCCAGAUGGGUUAUAAUGACAGCAAGUGUCGUAACGCUUGCCCUAUACCACUUGUAUCCAGUCUUAGAGUCGAAUCCUACUGCCGAUGUCACUGCUAGCCCCGAUCUCUGCCUCGAGCCUGAAUGCAUCCACGCUGCCUCCGAAAUUCUCUACAACCUCGAUCCUCAUUAUCAAGAUAUCGAUCCAUGUGUCGACUUUGAUCAAUACACCUGCGGUGGAUGGAGAGACCGCCAUGACAUGAGACCAGACCAAGGCUCCAUCUUCGCUGGAACCUUGAUGGCAGAGAACGCUCAAAUGAGACUACGCCAUAUUCUUGAAGCGCCUGAGGCACCUGGAGAACAAACACUGUCCUCCGCAGACAAGGACAACUUUAAGAAAUUGAAGUCUGCGUACGAUGCGUGUAUCAACGUCGAUGCUCUGAAGAAGCGCGGAUCACAACCCUUGGAAGAGAUUUUAGGAAAUAUUGAAAACAUUUACUCUUUACAAGGCAAAGGUUCAGACAAGAAUCUAACUGAUGCCCUUUUGUAUUUGAUGCAGACUGAUGUGUCGGCUCUUACUGAUUUCUCCAUCUCUCCCGACGACCGCGACCCAGACAAUGUGGUCAUAUUUGUGACGCCACCACGGAGAAUCGGUCUCCCAUCGCGGGAAUAUUACAAUGAUACAAAAGUUGUGGAUGAUUAUACAUCCUUAGCGUCGAAACUGUUUGGCAUCUUCAACUUUUUCUACCUCCAAAACAAUGAGCUGGUUUCUUCUCCACAACUUGCAAAGAACGUCAUCCUGCUCGAAAAGAGAUUGGCCGACGCGACACCGGAUACCCAGGCACAAGAGGACGUCACACAAUAUUAUAACCCGUAUACAUUGGAGGAAGCUGGAUCGCUUAUUCCCGAAAUAUCAUUCGAGCAUAUCCUCACGGAACUCUCCCCGAAGGACUUUAAAACAGACCGACUGAUUAUUGGCUCACCAUCCUAUUUGAAAGAAGUUUCAAAUAUUAUCAGGAGCACUCCCAGAGACGUUAUCCAUGCUUUCUUCAAGUUCAAGGCUAUCCAGAGAUACUACAGUGAUAUAGAAGACCCCAAAGUUACGCCGUUACGAGAGUUUAAUAACCGUCUUGCCGGCAAAGACCCUCAAGCCACCCAGGAUAGAUGGAGGAAGUGCAUUAACGAUCUAGAUUCUGGAAUUGGUUGGAUCCUGAGUCGAUUCUACGUUCUCGAUGCUUUCCCAGAGGAAUCGAAGGAGCUAGGUGAUCAGAUCAUUUCUGAUAUCAAGGAACAAUUCGUUUAUGUGCUCGAUGGGACAAAAUGGAUGUCGUCAGAGGUUCGGCAGUUGGGCAAACAAAAGGUCGCCAACAUCAUCCAGAAGAUUGGUUAUCCAACACGAAGCCCCGACUUGAUGGAUGCGGAGGACGUCAAGAACUACUAUGGUAGCUUGGAUAUUUCUGGUGACAAGUUCUUUGAGAACUCUGUCAGGAUGUCCAAGUUUGAAUUCAAGAGGAUGUGGGCUCAACUUGGGCAGCCUACGAAUCGAGAUGAAUGGGGCAUGACCGCGCCAACGGUUAACGCGUAUUAUAACCCUCCCGGAAAUGAGAUUGUGUUCCCCGCUGGUAUCAUGCAGCCCCCGACCUUUUACGGACCGAAGGCACCUCUGUAUCUGGCUUACGGAGCAUUUGGGGCUGUUAGCGGACAUGAACUCUCGCAUGCCUUCGAUAGCACCGGACGACAUUAUGAUCAAAUUGGCAACUACACUAAUUGGUGGGAUGACAAGACUGUCGAGGCAUUUGAAGAACGUGCACAAUGCUUCGUUGAUCAGUACUCGAAUUUCACCGUUCCCGGUCCUGACCCUGACUCAAAGCCUCUUCAUGUCAAUGGACGGUUGACCUUGGGCGAGAACAUUGCCGAUGCUGGAGGUCUAUCAGCUUCAUUCCAUGCCUGGAAGAAGCGCGACUCCUCCCACGCAGAUAAAGCACUACCCGGAUUGGAGAACUUCACCAAAGAGCAGCUCUUUUUUAUCUCGUACUCGAACUGGUGGUGCAGCAAGACUACAAAGGAAGCUGCAGUGCAGGCCAUCUACACUGAUCCACAUGCCCCGAAGCCUGCUCGAAUACUGGGCACGAUGGCAAACUCGAGAGAAUUCCAGGAAGCUUUCCAGUGUCCACGCAAGGAGCCUGUAUGCAAAUUAUGGUAA